GAAAGGGCCAUAUAAGCGCGAGCGGCAUCACGCCUCGGAAACAUUGCUUCCACUUUUCAACACCCGCCGUCUCUUUCUACUGUGUUUGGGGGCUAGAGAGGGAAGACUCCGCAUGCUGAAACCCUCAAAGUUGUCAUCUUUUCCGGUGGUGAAAAGGACCUUAUUGGAGCACUGUUAGUUGUAUCAUCCCAACUUGAAUUAUCUUAAGCUCAAUGCAAAGGACUAAUGGAGAACAAUAUAUAGUUCUACGGAGUGGAAGAUGAAGCUUGCACAGGUUCACCAAAAAUUCAAUGAUUGUCCAAGUGCUGCCGAAAUGCAACCACCUUCACAAGAAUCUCAAGGUAACGAGCAGAAUAAUGGAGGCAGUGAGCCUCAGGUAGCAGAUUCUAAUUCAAUAUCUGCUGCAAACAGUGAUAACAGAAAAGUCUCCCGUGAAGAUAUUGAACUGGUUCAAAAUCUGAUAGAACGGUGCUUACAACUUUAUAUGAACAAAGGAGAAGUGGUUAGAACUUUGUCUAAUCGUGCUAGAAUUGAGCCGAGCUUUACAACUUUAGUAUGGCAGAAGCUUGAAGAAGAGAAUUCAGAAUUUUUCAGGGCUUACUACAUAAGGCUAAAACUGAAAAAACAAAUCCUUAUGUUCAAUCAUUUACUAGAGCAUCAGUAUCAUAUGAUGAAAUAUCCUAUUCCACUUAAGGUUCCCCUGACUCCCAUGCAAAAUGGGAUUCAUCCUAUGCCUGUUACCAACCUACCUAUGGGAUACCCAGUCAUUCAGCAGGCUCAAAUGCCAACAGCAGCUCAACCUAAUAUUGAUUCUAUAGGUUGUGGGCUAUCUAGCUGUCAUGUAGUCAAUGGUAUUCCUGCACCUGCUGGCUUUCAACCCAUUCAAAUGAAUUCUGGAAAUGACAGAACUUUUGAAGCAGCUGCAGCUGCAGCUCCAUGCAGUGUUGUGUCAACUGCCACCGAAAUGGCUGUCAGCCCUGCAUCUGCAGCAUCAAGCAAUCAUUUCCCUUUUACACCAUCUGAAUUGUCUGGUAUGGGCAUGGAUACUUCAGCUUUGGAUCCAGCAUUCACAUCUAAUUUUGAGACAGCGGGAGGUUUGCCGGAUGAUGGGUCGAGGGACUCCAUCAGAUCCUUAGGCCAGCUCUGGAACUUCAGCCUUUCAGAUCUUACAGCUGAUUUGACAAAUUUGGGAGGUAGAAUGCAUAUUCAUGUAAUGCUUACAGUUAUCUGAUGCGAGUUUUCUUAU